AUGGCCUCUUGCCACACGAACGACAAGCGCGACAACGCAAAGAAAUCGCGUUCAGUGCUUGCAGACGUUUUCAACACGAAUCGCGAGCCGAUAGCUCCAGCAACCCCAAAGUCGUGGUCCACGGCACCAAAGACCGCAGACGGCGCUCAACCUUCAGCUACCUCGGCGACGACCCCUGACCGGCCACCUGCCAGCGCUGGCAAAGGGGCAGGUGGUGCGCCAUCUGCCCGACACGGAAAGGGCCUAUUCAGCAGCCGCAAGGCCACCGUGCAUGAGGCACCAAAAGCAGCGACGGGCCAAAAGCACAACGCCUGGGGAGCAUUCAGCAAUCGCAAAGCUCAGACGCCGGGUCAAGGCCACUCGCAAGGGAAUGAGUCUACCAUCUGGAGCGAAAUCACUCGGUCCAGUCGGCCAAAAGCUAUUCCACAUCACAAGCCGAGGGCAGGCUCCCCUGGGCAACAAGGAGAAAAGCCCAAGCCAGUCGACGCUGCCGCGGAGCAAGACUUCUGGGGAGAGCUUGAGUCUCGCGUCGCCGGCUUCAAGGGGAGACGGGCCGCCGAGGGUGAGGAGGAAAGGCCGAAGCGCUUCGCCAGCAGAGGUCCCAAGACGCCGCGGGAUGUGACGGAUGCGAAGUCGACUGUCAAAAGCGUGCCGGCCAAGCCAUCGGCUCAUCAAACCCCAGCACGAGAGGAGCCGGAGAAACAGCGCCGCAAAUCAAGAUUUGAGCUGGAAGAAGAGAGCAAGGCUGAGGACCGACGAGCCAAAAAGCCAAAGAAGGCUCAACGCGGCAGGCGCAUGGAGGACGCUGAGGACUGGGACGACGAGGCCAUUCAUCGCUGGGAGCAGAAACAGCGCCGGCAGGCCGAGAAGGAGGCUCGGAAGCAAGCGGCCCUGCAGCAGGAGCAGGCAGCGGUGCCCAUCUUUCUCCCCGAGUACAUCAGUGCCUCCAAUCUGGGCCAGGCCCUGAAGCAGCGGUCUGAACAGUUUAUGAAGGACAUGGAGGACAUGGGCUUCGAGAACGUCACGUCGGAUACAAUCAUGACUGGCGAGACGGCGGCUCUAAUUGCCAUGGAGUACGGCUUCGAGCCGACCGUGGAUACCGGUUCGCAACGAGAUCUCCGGGCUCGACCGGCCCCGGAAGAUGUCACAGCGCUGCCCGGCCGCCCUCCGGUCGUCACCAUCAUGGGCCAUGUCGACCAUGGCAAGACGACGCUGCUGGAUUGGCUACGAAAAUCGUCCAUCGCAGCCCAGGAGCAUGGCGGAAUCACGCAGCACAUUGGCGCGUUCAUCGUGAAGAUGUCAUCGGGCAAGGCCAUCACCUUCCUGGACACGCCUGGCCACGCGGCAUUCCUCUCCAUGCGUCAGCGCGGUGCCAAUGUUACCGACAUCGUCGUGCUCGUGGUUGCUGCCGACGACAGCGUCAUGCCGCAGACAGUGGAGGCCUUGAAGCACGCCACUGCCGCCAAGGUCCCCAUCAUCGUCGCCAUCAACAAGAUCGACAAGGAAGACGCCCGUGUUGACCAGGUCAAGGCGGACCUCGCUCGACACGGCGUGGAGAUUGAAGAUUUUGGAGGCGACGUACAGGUCGUGUGUGUAAGCGGCAAGACCGGUCAGGGCAUGAGCGACCUCGAGGAGAACAUCAUCACGCUGUCCGAGAUUCUUGAUGUGCGCGCCGAGACUGACGGGAUGGCGGAGGGCUGGAUCCUGGAGUCGAGCGUCAAGCAAAACGGCAAGACGGCGACGGUCCUGGUGAAGCGAGGCACGCUGCGGCCGGGCGAUCUCAUCGUGGCCGGCAAGACUUGGGCCAAGAUUCGUGUGCUGCGAAACGAAGCCGGGACCGAGCUACCAGAGGCGCCUCCCGGAACGCCUGUCGAGAUCCUGGGAUGGCGCGAACUUCCCGAUGCCGGGGAGCAAGUGCUCCAGGCGCCGGACGAGGCAAAGGCCAAGACGGCGGUUGAGUAUCGUCUGGAGAUGGCGGAGCGCCAGGAGAGCUCCAACCAACUCGCGGAGCAGGAGCAGCGGCAGAGAGAGAAGGCGGCCGCUGAGGCAGCGCAGCAGGCCGUCGCAGACGCAGACGGCGCGGCGGCCUCGCAAGCCGAGCCUGGCGAGCCGGGCAUCCUGUACCAAAACUUCACGGUCAAGGCCGACGUGGCGGGCUCGGUCGAGGCCGUCUGCGGCAGCAUCCUCGAGCUGGGCAACAACGAGGUGCGCCCCAAGAUCCUCCGGUCGUCGGCCGGCCAGAUCUCCGAGUACGACAUCGACCACGCGGCCGCGUCCAACAGCGCCAUUGUCAACUUCAACGUGCCGAUCCUGCCGCACAUCAAGCAGCGCGCCGAGGAGGCCAAGGUCAAGAUCCUGGACCACACCGUCAUCUAUCACGUCGUCGACGACGUCAAAUCGACGCUCUCCGAGCUGCUGCCCGAGACGGUCACGUUCCGCGUCAGCGGCGAGGCGGACGUCCUCCAGAUCUUCCCCAUCAACGUCAAGAAGCGGACGUUUAGGAACAUUGCCGGCUGCAGGGUCCGGAACGGCGCCAUCAAGAAGUCGUCCCGCGUCAAGGUGCUCCGCAAGGGCAAGGUCGUGUUUGACGGCCUGAUCGACACGCUCAAGCACGUCAAAAAGGACGUCGCGGAGAUGGGCAAGGGCACCGAGUGCGGCAUCGGCCUCGAGGGCUUCGACGACUUCCAGGUCGACGACCAGAUGCAGACGUACGAGGAGGUCAAGGAGAAGCGCACAUUGUAA